UCUAGAAACGAGAAUAAACGUCGGUGGUUGUAUUUGAUGAAUGUUUAUUGAAAAAGUAUAGAUUUCAGCAAACAAAGAAAGGCACGCAACUACAGAGGACAAACAUAGGUACAAGUUUAUCAGCACUUCUCUCCUGUUUGCCAGCGAGGAGGAGGAGGUCUGUUGUUUCUUCAUUUACGUCACCCCUCUUUCAAUCCCUUCCUCCUUCCGUCCUGCUCUACAUACAACGUCAACGGGGGACACCACGUUCAAACUGGUUUCUCAUAUUAACACCCACCACAAUCACUUCGCCACCAUAAACCUCUUUUGGAACCAGGAGGAAGCCAGCAGGCGCCUGGUUAGAUGUGAGCCCAGGGAGAUGGCCAGACAGGUUGAUUCUGGCACUCAGACGGAUCCUGUGGUGGUUCUGUCUCUAGCCCAGGCUGCUGUUCUGGGGCUCAUCUCUCAGAAUGAGGUGUUUGGUGCUACCAUCGCUCCUAAUGGCUUCUACACAGGAGAACCUAAAGAGUCCCCUGCCCUGCCUGUAGAGGGGGUGGAUUACGAAUACGCUGAUCAGCUGAUAGGAGCUAACGGAGAUUACCUGGGAGACAACCUGCCUGAAGACGGACACAUGCAGCCCAGCUGUAGCCAGAGGAGGUGGCACGGACCACCCCCCGAGGGGAAGAUGGUAGGGCCCGAGCGCCAUGCUGGAGUGCCUGUGGACGGGUCAUCCCAAGUGAAAGGAGAAGGGGUUAUCACUGGCCUGACGUCCUGUGUUCACAUGCUGAACAACCUGGCUACUACUAGAGGGGGAUUGGUCCAGGUUGACCCCGCCUCUCUCCGUGCCGCCGUCCAAAAAGGCUGUGCCGAGUGUGACAGAGACAUGUCCAGCCAGCAGGCUAACACACACCCUCACACACACUCCCAGGCAGGGCACAGCCAUAAAGGGGAGCCGGGGCAUCGAGGCCUGCAGGGGCAGAGGGGGCAUCAGGAGAGAGCAAGGGAGGAGGAGGAGGAGGGAGAGCAGGGAAACAGCCUGAUGAAAGGAGGACAGGAGGAGACUAUCAGCAGCUACUUCCAGUCCAGCGAGGUGGGGGGGUACGAGGGGGGGGAGAUCUACCAUGAGAACAGCCAGGGUAUGAUGUGGGGCAACCAGCUGGAGCAGGGGGUAGGGGGAAGAGGAGGAGCAGGAGCAGGAAGAGGAGGGACCCAUCGUCACCACGGCCGGAGGGUUGACCGUCUAGACAUCAACAUCCAGAUAGAUGAGUCGUACUGCGUGGACAUGGGGGAGGGGCUGAAGAGAUGGAAGUGUCGUAUGUGUGAAAAGUCUUACACCUCCAAGUACAACCUGGUAACUCACAUCCUGGGUCACCAGGGCAUCAAGCCUCACGCCUGCCCCCACUGUGGGAAGCUGUUUAAACAGCCCAGCCACCUGCAGACCCACCUGCUCACCCACCAGGGAACUAGGCCUCAUAAAUGCACCGUGUGUAAGAAGGGCUUCACCCAGACCUCCCACCUGAAGAGACACAUGCUGCAGCACACCGACGUCAAACCUUACAGCUGCCGCUUCUGUCGCCGUGGCUUCGCCUACCCCAGCGAGCUCCGCGCCCACGAGACCAAACACGAGCGCGGGCGCUGCCACGUGUGUUCCCAGUGUGGCAUGGAGUUCCCCACCUAUGCCCAUCUGAAGCGCCACCAGACCAGCCACCAGGGACCAACUAGUUACCAGUGUACAGAGUGCAACAAGUCCUUCACCUACCGCAGCCAGCUGCAGAACCAUCUACUGAAACACCAGAGUCCUCGGCCAUACUCCUGUUCCCACUGUGGGCUGGAGUUUGUCCAGCUGCACCACCUCCGCCAGCACGCCCUCACACACAAGGGAAUGAAGGGUCAUAAGUGUGAGGUGUGUUCCCGUGAGUUCACCUUGUCAGCCAACCUGAAGAGACACAUGUUGAUCCACAACAGCAUCAGACCCUUCCAGUGUCACAUCUGCUUCAAGAGCUUCAUCCAGAAACAGACGCUCAAAACGCACAUGAUCGUCCACCUGCCCGUCAAACCCUUCAAAUGCAAGGUGUGCGGGAAGUCGUUCAACAGAAUGUACAACCUGCUGGGUCACAUGCACCUCCACGCCGGCUCCAAACCCUUCAAGUGUCCUUACUGCUCCUCCAAGUUUAACCUGAAGGGGAACCUCAGCCGACACAUGAAGGUCAAACACGGCAUGGACAUCUCACCUGACGGACAAGAUGCUCUUCCUGAGAUGGAGGGCCAGGGCCACUAUGAGGAGGACAACUUUGACUUUGGGACCUCAGGGGCAAACAACAACAUGGAUAAUGGAGGCUCCCAGAACCUCACCAAGCUCACCACGGCCAACAUGGACGACAUGGACAACUAUUACAACUUUGGGAAGGAUACAGCUAACUACAACACGUCUUGAGCAGUAGGAGAAAAGUGUUAAUGGACUACAGACCAUUAGACACCAUGGAUUAAUGGAGAAGAGACCAUGGGUUAAUGGUGUAUUAACUGCAGACCAUGUGUUAAUGUAGAGGAGACCAUGGGUUAUUGGUGGACUAACUACAGACCAUGGGUUAUUGGUGGACUAACUACAGACCAUGGGUUAUUGGUGGACUAACUACAGACCAUGGGUUAUUGGUGGACUAACUACAGACCAUGGGAAAACAGAAAGGAAAAUGCCACACUGCUGCUCAUGCUCCCAGCUGAUAUUUAUUUAUAACGUUUCCACCCUUAGGUCUUCAUCAGGUAUCCAGGACCUAAUGGUGGAAAGAUUGUUAUAAAUAAAUAUCUGGGAGCAUGAGCAGCAGUGUGGCGUUUCCCUUUCUGUUUUCCAUGAGUUUACCUAUAACUCCAGCACCUGUGGAAAGUACCUGGAUGUGUGUAUGUUCUUCAGCUUUUGUUAAUGGAGAGGAGACCAUGGGUGGGGAACAGACAACAUGGCUGCCGUGCUGUGGCAGUGAGAGAGACUGGGUUAGGGCGUGCUGUGGCAGUGAGACUUGGUUAGGGCGUGCUGUGGCAGUGAGCGAGACUAGGUUAGGGCGUGCUGUGGCAGUGAGAGAGACUGGGUUAAGGUUAGGGCGUGCUGUGGCAGUGAGACUAGGUUAGGGCGUGCUGUGGCAGUGAGAGAGACUAGGUUAAGGUUAGGGCGUGCUGUGGCAGUGAGACACGGGGAGGGGGUUCAUGGACUCUUUAAGAACCAGAACUGACCUGUCCUGAUGGAGGGGCAGGACAUGCACUUCAACAGCCAAUCCAUGCCACCCGUCUCUGAUAGAAGUGACUCUGAGACUGACAAUUGGGUCUAGAAGUCCUUUGGGAUAUUCUACCAGUCAUGAUUGGUCUAGAAGUCCUUUGGGAUAUUCUACCAGACAUGAUUGGUCUAGAAGUCUUUGGGAUAUUCUACCAGACAUGAUUGGUCUAGAAGUCCUUUGGGAUAUUCUACCAGACAUGAUUGGUCUAGAAGUCUUUGGGAUAUUCUACCAGACAUGAUUGGUCUAGAAGUCCUUUGGGAUAUUCUACCAGACAUGAUUGGUCUAGAAGUCUUUGGGAUAUUCUACCAGACAUGAUUGGUCUAGAAGUCCUUUGGGAUAUUCUACCAGACAUGAUU